CAUAAUAAUAAGAUCAUAUUCUUUAGCCUAAUCAAAACAAAAUAAAAUAGUCUUCAGGAUUCGUAAUCAUUACUGAAAAAAUUAGCAAAAAAUUAUUAAAAUGUGCCCCUGUUAAGAUAGCGGCUCUAGAUGACUGUAAUAAUGUCGCUACUCCAAUAAAUAGGAAGUUUUAGUUAAUUAUUGUGCAAGCCCUUUGUGAUUUUAUUUCGUUCUUUUAAUUGUGCAUUAAUGUGAUUACUACUUAUGUUUUAACUAAAUAGUGUAUGUGUGAAGAAUGAAUAUGUUCAACAUUGAAUCGUACGUCACACCAAUAUUACUGAGCUAUGUGGAUAAAUAUGUGCGAGAUUUCAAACCAGCCGAUGCUCAGGUUACACUCUGGGCCGGUGGCGUCACAUUGCACAACCUGGUGCUCAAAGCAGAUGUGUUGCAGCGAGAGGUGGCACUGCCAUUCACAUUGGUGUCCGGCAGAAUACAUGAACUACUCAUACAAGUGCCAUGGACCAAGAUCAUGUCUGAACCCAUUGUUGUCACUAUUAAUACCAUAGAAUGCAUCCUUAGUUUAAAUCCGCCAGCUGAUGAAGUCCCGCCGGAGGAGACUUAUAGUGGCAGAACGCAAGUAGUAGAAGCCCCACCCGGGUACAUGCAAGCGCUAGUGCGGCGCAUAGUGAGCAACAUAGCCGUGCGCGUCCACUCGCUCAUAGUGAAAUACGUGCACGAUGACAUCGUUCUCUCCCUAAACGUUAAACACCUCGCAGUCGACAGUGUCGGCCCGAAUUGGGAACCGACUUUCGCUGAUAUAGAUCAAAAUCAUCCAGCUAUCAGAAGGCUGGUGCGCUUGGAUGACCUCACGUUAUGUCUGGAUAAGAGUGACUCUGACGGCAAGAUCAGAUUCUACCAUGAGCCCCUACUGUAUCGCUGCCAACUAGACUUAAGGGUGCUGACGCGGCUGGUGUCGGCCAGCACGCGACGCGCGCGCAGCCUGAGCGUGCAGCUGGUGUCGCGGCGCCUGGCGUGGGGAGUCAACAGCGAGCAGCUGCUGUUGCUGUUGCGCUUGUUGCGCGAACGCGCCGCCCCGCCGCCCGCCACGCCGCCGCCCGCGCCCCGCUCGCCCAGCGCGCCCGCACCUAUAAAUACAUCAUCGGGUAACUCAGCGGAGCCAGCUCGUGCAGAGAGCUGGUCGGAGUGGGCGUGGUCGUGGCUUCCCACGUGGAUGGACCGCGAGGGCGUGGAGGAGGCGCCUGCGCCCGCCACUCCCAUACCGCUGGCUUUCGCUGCACAUUUUGAUCAAGUCUCUUUAGUUUUUAAGAUAAUGGAAGUAGAAGGCUCGAGUCGCAAGCGCUCUCGUGGUAUCCUGGAGCUGAUGGCUUCGGACGCGGUCAUAAAGAGUUCCGGGUGCUCGCCGACGCUCCUGCGCCUGAAGAUGGGCACGAGGAACCUCGUCCUCAGCUCCCACGGGAGAUGUGUCUGUGGGCACCUCGACAAUAAUACGAACACCGAAGAGCCAAUAAUAUACCUCGACAAGAUACAUGAUCCAAAUGAAGCACCUUGGAGUUGGGUCGACGAGGAGUUGAGCGACCAAGCCGUAGAGACCGCCGUCGCCGCAGAGGAAGAGAUGAAGGAAAUAACUGAGGAGUCAGAGUGUAUCGAACAACCGACUGUUGAGACGAAGGAAGCCACUCAAACUCAGGAGGAAGUGGAUGAGUUUUGGCAGAAGAUGGCUCCCGUAGUUUACCUCGAGUACAGCCACGAGAGGGCGCCAUCGAGUGCGUUCACUAAUCCGUACGACAACCCGCCCAGGGACUUCGAGUACAGCGACUGGGUCGAGAAGAGCUCAGCGAAGGUGACAAUACUGCCGAUGGUGCUGACCGUGUCCACCGGCCUCCUGCACCGCCUGGCCGUAGCGAGGAACGUGAUCAAAGAAGUGCCGCCCAUGACCGAACCCGAAAUUCCAAUGCGGACCCUUACAGUGGAGGAAUGUGAGUCUCUGUCGGAGAACUUGCCUCAAAGGCACACAAACGUGGAGAUAACGGGCUUGCGGGUGCGACUGCUGCCCUCGGACCAUGUGGAGAGGCCGGUCAAACCGCCGCUCGCAUUGGAUGUACUACUGCCCAAGGCGACCGUACUGAUCACCGGGCCUUUGUAUCCUCACAGAGUGUGCUCAGCAGCAUGUCAGAUCCCCGAAGACUCUGGGCCGCUAUGGCAAGGCGCGCGUGUCCACGUGACGGCGUACGUCACGUCACUACAAGCCGGCAUCUGUUCGCCGGAAGACGAAACCCCCAGACCGUGCGCCAGAGCGGACGUCAAGCUGGUCACACACACUCUGCUGAAUAGACCCUUUUUCAGUCGCAGAGAAAAUGUGCUGUUUAACUACACUGUCAAAAUACGUGAAGCAAGUAUGUGCGGUUCAUCAGCUCGCCUGCAGGCGGCGUGGCAAGUGGCUGCGUCGGUUUUAAACGAAAAGCUGUCCACCCCCCUACGCUAUACCACGCUGGCAAAAGACGCUCUUAAAGACGAAGAAUUAGUGGCAGUGGAUGUAACGUUGGAAGACUUGUCGGUGCGCGGUUUCGUGACCAAGAAUACCAACACGCAUUUCGUCACAUUGCAUUCUGCGCGAGCGACCGCCUUCCAUUCACCGACUGACGGCGAGGUCAAACAAGCGUGGCUGUUUUCUGGACCAGAAUCCCCAACAGCGACUCCAUACUUCCGCGCCGCCUUCCAGUGGUGUAAAGAUCCUCUCCCAUCUAUGAUCGAGUAUAUGAGGUUGUUGGUUGAGCCCACAGCGAUCAGCUUGGACCCGUUGCUGGUGGCUUGGCUAGGGUACCGGAGCCGACUGAAGUCCCCUACUGACAUACAGCCUCAGAUGUCCAGCGUGAAAACAUCAUCGUCCCAGUAUUUGUUACGUCGAAGAGCGACACCUCCUUCUUCGAGCGGACGCGGAGCCAGUCGCUCGGGGUCGGGUGCGGAGUUGGUGCACGUCAGACCGCGAAGCGUGGAGUCGGGCAGCGAACGCAGCGAAAAGAGAGACGCAAAGCCGUCAAUGGAAACGCCCAACAUCGCGGAAUCCUGGCUGAGCGGCGACAAGCUGCUCAAGCUGCACGAGCGGCUGAACAGACUCCUGCUGUCGGUGGAGAUCGGGCUGGUACAAGUGUACGCGGCCUCCGCCACGGUGUCUGCGCUGGACUGCGCUACCGUACGCGACGCGAUGGAGCGUCACGCCGCCGCAGAGCGACCAGUGCUCGUACUAAGCUUGGGCCGGCUGUCGCUGUACUCCAACUCACAGGCCAAGUAUCUCUGGCAAGUCAUCCGCAACGACCAGCCGACGUACUUCAGGCCGCAGCGUGAUCAAAACGUGAUUGAAGAUUCGUUUCCCUGGAAAACUCGUUUGGCGGACAUGUCCUGUUAUAUCCUGGAAUUGAAAACUGGGUCUGGCAGAGAGAAAACCGAGUCCGGACUGAAAUCGCAGUUGAAGACGUCCCGAGUGGUCCUGCCCCGACCAGUGCUAGACAUGGUCACCACUACGGUAACCUUGACGGUCGUCACGAAGUGCUUGCAAAUCAAGAACGUCAAGAAAACUGAAACCAAAGUCAAACACAGUGAACAUUCCCGAGACGAAGAUAAAACUAAAUACUUCACAACUGGAGUCGACUUCAAGCCUUCUUCCCUGAAGGAGUUCAUUCGAGGACCUGUCAGACGAAAAAAGGCCAGUCCUGAGCCCGAGGAAAAGCCGCCCGAACCGCCGGCGUUCCAAAUGACGAUAACAAGUGGUCCUGUGAUUUCUUUGGGCGUCAACUUACAUGCCGACACACCGCCUGUUAUUGUGAAACUGGACCAGGACCAGGUACAAACUGUGGGCGCGGCAAUACACGGUCUCGUUCAUAUAAUGAAGUUGCUACAGCGCGCUCCCGUGUCUCCAAAGCCAGGAUAUUCCUCCAUUGCAAGCCAUAGGAAUCUUGCGGCGUCGGUGUCGGAUAUGGACGCGAGACAGAGUUUGUCGGAGGAGACGGCAAGCGAGAACCGCUCCGAACAACUCAUCAGUAUAUAUGAGUCUUACCGUGACACUGCUGUGGAUACAAAACUGAAGACGUUUUUCUGGUUCCAAUGGGUGGUCAGCCAUGCGAAAUUGGUGAUCGUCAUGCCCCAAGUGAAGCUCGCGUUCGACGUAGACGACAUCAUCAGCACGGUUGACCUGCAGAACCAUUACAACCAGGUGAAGGUCAAAGUGGCAUCGGCGUCUGUGAAACAUUACAACCGUAGUGGAAGUGAAGAGUGGACGCCUGGUGUAUUGGACGGACGCGUCCUCGAAGUGCGGGAGCCGGCUAACGCCAAAGAAGAGAAUAACUUCCUUGCUGUCACUGUAACACAAGCACGGAUUUCCAACUUACCCAUGAGUUGGAAAGAAGAACUUCAUCCAAAACUGCUGGAACAAAAUGCGAAUAUAGACACCAUGUGGGAAGUAUACGCGACCCUGGCCCCCUUGGAAAUGGUGCUGCAGCCGGGCCUGUUGGAGCAAGUGUCGUGCUGGCUGCACGAGCUGUCGCCUAAGCACUACUGCCCCAUUACACAUGAGGAACAAAACCCAAGCGAGUGGCAGUGGCCGUUUUGCUACGUGAACGCGGGUGGCUUAAGGCUGCUGCUUACUAACGGGGAAGAAAACAAGGAUGUUGUGGAGGACACCAUCAUGUUUAUCAUUGGCAAAGUCACCAUCAACCCCCACCCGGAGAACCCAAUUUGCAGACAGUCCGUCAACGGAGCAACAGACGCGUGGAACAGCUCGGGGCCGAUGCUGGAAGGUCGCCAGUACGAAGUGCUCUUAAACAACCUCGCCGUUCGCACCGCACAGUUCAGUCAACUUGUUAAUGAGGAGGCAACUGAAUCUGAAAUGUUAAAGGGCACGGGAGGCGAAAAUCCAGCUCUCAAAUGGAGUCAACCAGUUGUUGCUCCGAUCAUAACUCCUGUGGUGCAUUCUGUGGACGUGUGCUGUAUCCUGGCGCCGGCGAUAUACAGCGGCGGCGCGGUCGCGUGCGGGCCGGCUGUGGAACUGAAUCUACUGACCGAUUGCUCCAUAGAACUGGGCAUAGAGCGGCUGGAAUUAGUACGAACACUAUUCACAGGGCUCACGCACGCGUCUCGAAAAAGGUCCUUUAGCGCAUACAUUAUAGGCGAUGAGAGCACAUGCCCAUAUGCACCGUUCCUCUCGAACCAGGAGGUAUUGGAUUCCUUGCACACUGACAGCGAAGCGGCCCCUUCAGAAGAAGUCACAAAGAGCGCUAUGGAAGCGAGCCGCAGUAUGGUUUUCGACUCUGGUUUCGAGACGGCCACAUCUCAGUCUACGUACAAACUACACCGCGAGUCCAGCGGCGCACCCAAAAAAUCGGUGUCCAUUGCUUGCUUUGAUCACACAGCGAAACCAUCAGACUUUUUGGAGAUUUUCGUGACAAUGGGGGCGAUUGAUCUUUCGCUUUACGCGGGGGAUGAUGGGUCUCCCGAAGUUACGGCCUUGCGACCGCCGCCCGGUGUGUAUAGACCACCUGACACGGAUCAGCCUACGGGGUUAAAGGUGAAAAUAGAAGAAACAAAGGAUACAAAAGCAGAUAAGAGCCGAGAUGACGGAAAAGACUCCAUGAGCGCGAGCAGGAGUCUCACUGAAAACAUCAGAAAUGCGGACAUUGGCAAAACCAAGCUAGAAGUGUACACCCUGCCAUACGCAAGAAAAACGGAAGGGAAUAUACCGCUCAUCCACGUCACACUGCAUCAGCCCAACUUAUAUUACUGGAAAAAGAAGAAGCAAAAAACCUUGCAGGUGUCCCUAUUUAACGCAUGGAUCGGUCUCGGAGUGGGCCCGGAGGACGGCCAGUGGAACGCGCCUCUGCUGAGCACCGCGCGGGGCUCCCCCGACCCCGUCACGGACAUCCCGCCCGCACUCGCCACUCUGCGCGUGGAUCUAUCUUCCGGUGGGUACGUACCAGUGAUCAGCGCAAGCGGUCGCGGCGCGGUACAACUGGACAUAGAAAGGCCGAUCCUUUUAGAAGUGUGCACCGAUAGAAUGCGACGAAUCAAAGGCAUCAAGACUUUGAUUGAAAAGAGUUCUACGAUUAAACGCCGUCUGGUUGAAAAUACCAAUCAGAUUCCUCUGCUGUACAAAGUUAGGCACUAUUUGGUGUCUCACCAAAUCGAGAGUGUAACGGUUCAGACGGGCCAAAUAGGCUUGCGAGGGUCAGAAGGAGCUAUCGGUUGGAGCGCCAUGAGGUUGCAGACGGCGGCUGGGAGUAGGCCCGAGCGGCUCAGUUGCCGGGGCCUGGUUACCGCCUUCCUACUGUCUGCGGGGCCUGAGACUGACCGCCGGCAUGUGGUGGUACAACCUUUGAUGGCAGGAGCUCUAUUGGACGCAACUUGGGACGCUUGGCGCAAGGCAGAGGGAGGACCAGGAGCGUUCAACCCAACUAUUCGAGUGGGCAUUGAUGUAGACAGAAUUACUUUGGACCUUCGACCUUCCGAUAUCGCUAUUGUGGUCAGGAUACGCGACGCUCUCCGAAGUACUAUGGAAUGGACUGAGAGCCCCCCAACUCCCGAGUCGUCGUCGAGUGCUUCAGAACCAACUAACGAAAUGCCGGGUGUAUCGGUCGGUUCGUCGCUCUUCACCGAACAGUCCAACACCGACAUCAAUGACACCAACAAUCACUUUUAUAAGGAUGAUUUGAGGAGUGGUGCCUUCAAAAUCGUGUCCGGAGGUCAACUACCAAUGGCAUAUCAAGUGACCCUGUACGGGAAUACGGUUGCUUGGCGCUACCCCCAUCCACGGGCUAUCACUCGUCUUGUUGCUUUCCCAAUACCGGACCAUGAUGAAGAAGUGGAAUGUGCGUUAGAGCUAUACUGCCCGAUGCUGACGCGAUGGGAGCCGCACACCUACUUCAAGCUGCCCGUGGCUGAGCCCCGAGAAAUGCACCUCAGCCCUGCAACGCCUGAUGCCGUAUUCGCUCUGAUGUGGCGCGUGCGGGCCUGCUCCGACAUAGAACAGGACAAAGCUAACCAACCUUUCGAAUUCGACGCUAAGAAGUUCAUGCCGAGACAGGACCCUUUAUCCUCAGAGCCAGGCUUAGCCAGCGACUACUACAAGAAGACCUGUGCGGUAACAGCGGAGCAGCUGUCGGGCGUUUUGCGCGUGGACUCUUACUUUGCGCCGCGACAUAUGCCUCGAGCGCGAAUCGCCCUGCGCCUCACUGCGUUGGAACUACAUGCGCACAAUGAACUCCUAGUACUGCCCAAACAAGCCAAGGCGUUAGAAGGCUACUACGUGUCGAGGCCACUCAUGCGCAGUCACCGGAUACUCUCCGUCAGAGUGAGGAAUGCCGCAGCGCACGCAGUCUUCGGCGCUUCCUCAAGAUUACUUCUGGAUACCUAUCUAUCAAGUGAUAUCCUGGACAGCGCAACCGGUACGAUGGAGCAGCUUGUACAAGAGUUUCGUGUGCAAGGCACGGUGUCCUUGAACAAUGAGAAGAAGUUGCGGUUGCGAGCGGGCGAUGUACGCGUUGCUUUGCACGUUCCCAGAGUUUGUACGCUGCGAGCGCUUGCCACCGACUGGAUCGAUGUUUAUAAAGCCGCCUUAAAAAAGUAUGUAAUCAAGAAAGAGAGCGAAAAACUAGCCGUAGAAGCUUUGGAAGGGCGUGUGUCGUUGUGGGUUCACAACAGCUGUUCCGCGGCCUUGCGGAUCGGACAAGAGGGGACGGACGAAUUGGUUCCUUUGAGUGCUGGAGCGUCACUUGCGUAUAGAUGGCGAUCGCCCACGGCACCAAAAAAGAUACGCUUCGCGCUCGCCAGCCCUUCUGCUGAUUGGCGCUGGUCUAACAGUAUAGCAUUCUCUGCUGGUACCUGUCGGGUUAGACUCGAAGAGGGCGAUGUCAGCAAUGAGGUGAAGAGGAUGGGCGGAGUGUAUCUGUACGUCGUCGUCAAAGACGUCGGUUCCAGGCGAGACAUGUUCCUCUCCGGCCGACUUACGCUGGCCAACAUGUUGCGGCACAACUUACUGUAUAAGGUCCGAGCAAGGUGUUCGGAGAAAAACGCGUGGCAAGCUGUCAGUUCGGGCGAGUUGCAUGCUGAGAGUAUUGGCUUGAGUGUCCUCUGCAACUCCGAGUGCGAGACUGUCCUCAAGGUUAAAUUUACUGCACAAGAAAUUGGUUGGUCGGGUGACAUACCGUUAAAAGAAUGUCGGAAAGAAAACAUGCCGUGGCUCGUAAAAGUACCCAGUGGAGGCGAAAUAUCGUACACAUCGGUUUGGUGCCGCGUGGUACGCGGACGCAACGACUCCCGCGUGGCGGCUGCAAUCUGGCCGUUCUACAUACUUCGCUCCCACUUGCCGCUUGACGCUGACGUCAUGAUCUCAUCUGAAACGGGUGCAGCGACGGUUCAAGGCGUGUCAACGCAGACCGACGACAAAGUGCCGCCGCUCGUGCAGACGGCGCCCGGUCGCGGCUCUACUACGCACCUCAUCGCGCCGGGCACCACUGCCGCCACUCACGCUCUUACAUUCCAAUACAGAAAUAUCGAGUGCCCUGUGACCCGCGAGGCAGUACCCCUCCACUACGGGGUGACAGAUACGUCCGUGUUCGAGAAACCAACGCCUGUCAACAAUAUUGAAGAUAUAGUCGAAUCUAUUAAACAAUGGUUGGAUCGUUCCGGUCGCGACGUGCAUCCGGGUUGGCCGUACUCCAUAGUAACGAGUCAUUGGCCCGGCACGUGGCAACCGGCGUUGCUGCAGCCGCGGUGCGAUGUCACUGUACGUUACCAAGCGGUCCGCGUGGGCGGCGGGUGUUCGCUCGAGCUACAGCUGUGCCCCGUGGUUUUGCUCGCGAACGCCUCCCCUGUCGCUCUGACUCUGCGGGCCCAUGAUGCUGCGCCGCUGUGCAGACUGGAGCCCGGUGUUGGAUUGUCGCCGCCAUCCGCUAUCUUACAAAAACCCUUCUUCCUGUCGGUGGAGAUGGGUCGUGAGACCUUCGUGAGCGGUCAGCUGCAAGUGUGCAAACAGGAGCCCGGGCGAUACGGCAAGCCAGGCCCGGGACACGUCGCGUUGGACCGAGCGGCCAACUUCGCCAUACACUGCAACCAAAAGGUGGCGCUACUAACGAUGUGCUAUGAAGUAAAAGAAGAUAUCAACAUACUUGGCAUCACGUCCACGUACAUUCUUAUCAACAGGCUACCUACUCCUAUUCUGGUAUCUGCGAUGGCGGUCCCCAAUCAGUUGGACAAGAAUUCCGUUUUACGCCCGAACAUGUUCAAAAUCGUAGAGCCAACUAAAGAAGGAAGUCUUCAAGGCACUCCGCUUUGUCGGUUCUGGAUGCGUGGUCGCUGGCGUGGCGGGGACGCAGACGAGCUUCGGACUUAUCUGUGCCUCGCGCUUCCUUCCAACUCGUACCCCUCCACCUCCCCUGUGCCUGUGCGGCUGGGGACGCCGCCUGCGAGGAGAGCCAUCGCGCUGAGACAUGAGGAAGGCCAUUCCGUGGCAGUGGUGGUGACUCAAGUGCGCCACGAGUCGCGCCUGGUGGUGACGGUGGCGGUGGACCCGUGCCCGCAGUUCGUGGUGCGCAACCGCACCUCCAACGCGCUCGCAGUGGCCCAGCCCCGCACCGAGGACCCCGCUUCCCAUAACCAGCCGGUGCGAGAGUGUAGCGGCGUGACUUGGUGGUGCGAGGUGGAGGCGGGUGGCACUACUCACUACUCCACUCCUGCGCACUGCGCGCGCUAUCCCCCCUCGCAGCAACCGGCGCGCCCGUCCAUACCCUUCCUCACCGUUGGACACUAUAAAAGCGACGUGAACUACGACUGGUCGCAGCCGGUCGCGAUAGCGGACGGGGAGCAUCUGCUGCAGAUGUCGGGCGGCGUGACCAUCAAAGUGCGUGUGCGCACGCAUCCCCACUCCACGCUCGUCGAGCUACAGGAUGUUGACCAACACGAUAUAUCAGCAAGUGAUAUAAGACGGAGAUUGCUCGGUGCUUUUUCAAAUGAAUCAGUAUCAUUUCAAGAAGAGGUUAUAUUGUCGACCGUGAAAAAUAAGGUGCAUCGAGUGAGUGCAUAUGAAAAUCUUAUGGAGGGAUCGACGACAGCAGGCAUAGAAACCGAAGAAGCAACAAUACUGUCUCCCGACGCACAACUCGAUGCGUUGUCAGCUUCACAAGUUCUACAAGAUGAUCGACAAAGUCCAGAAUAUGGAUGGGGUGGAAACCCGGUGGUAAUGACUGCUACAGACGUGACUCUCAAAGAUUCCUCCAUGAUGAAACUUUCUACUGCCGUUCGAAACGAUAUUACAGAAUCGUAUGUGGGUGAGAAGCCAAGUAUGGUGACGGUUGCUCCUGAACAUUCCUUUGAUUAUUCCGAACCUUCACGCUUUGACAUUGAGGAAAAAGAUUGGUCAGGUGGCAGUGAAAUAUGGCGGGAAAUAGAGCGGGUCAGAUGUGUGGUCGGCAGCAUCGCGGUGACGGUUGGUGCCUCAGCGGAUGUGCUGCCUUUGCUGGCGGUGCAUCUCCAGCGAGCCGGCAUACGGGUGCGAUCCGACUCCAGAAGGCUGCGCACGACAAUUUCGAUAGCCGACGUUCAAAUCGACAACGCUCAAUACGAAACGGAACAGUACGACUUUGCGGUGGUGGCCGCGACCCGCGCGGACGUGCAAGACGCGGAAAGAUGGCCGCCGCUGUGGGGCAUGUUUAACGAGGAGUUCGCCACGAAGUCUGCAGACGCCAGGCUAUUGUUGCAAACCUGUCAUGACAAAUGGACAGUGGCCAGUUGCAGUUAUCAAGAAUUAACCGAAGUGGAACUUCGCCUGGGGCCUCUCGGUCUAUACGUAGAGGACGCAUACGUGGGAGCUGCAGUGGAGCUGUUCCACCUGGCUGCACCUGCCAUCAUCCCGUCUUCAGAACUGGUCGCCAUCGCUGAGUCCAGGACCUUGCAGUGCCCGCUGAGAAUGAGGAAGCUACACCUCCAUCCCUUGGAUUUGACCCUAACACUACACACAGCGGUCCGGAUGUACAUAGCGUUGGACGAGUGUUCGCUGCGGCUGAGCGCGUUCCAGCUGCAGGACGUGAUGACUUCGUCGGGAAGGCUGACUCACGCGCUAACAGUACAUUAUCUUUCCGCCGCAAUUCUUGGCGCAGGGUGGGUAGUAGGUGGUCUAGAGUUGCUCGGAGCUCCUGGCGCGCUAGCGGCGCGGGUGGGGAACGCGGUGGGAGGGGUUCGCGGCGUGGCUUCGGCCGCGGCCGGUGCCUUGCUGCGCUCCCUGAGCUCGGCCGCAGGCUCGCUCGCACGUAACUUGGACCUGCUGGCCGGUGACGACGACCACGCGAGAAGAGCUGCAGCUGCAAGGAGGCGGGCGCCCUCUAGUCUGAUGGCAGGCCUCGUGGCAGGCAUCACAAACUUUGCCAUCAACAUACUUGGUGCGGUGGGCGGCCUCGCCCAUCACCCGCUGGUGGGCGUGGCGGUGGGCGAGAGUGGGGGCGGCGCGGCGGCGCUGCGCAGAGGCCUCGUGGGCGCCAUCGCCAAGCCACUCAGCGCCACGGCGGACCUAGUGGCGUAUGCUGGGCAUGGCCUUCUCACGCAGACUGGCUGGAACCCUGUGCCGCAGCCGCGGCUAGACGGCGUCCGCUUGGCGACGGAGCCAGUCCGCGGCGGCUGGCGGCGCGACUGCGUGCGCUGGAGCUUCCGCCUCGCUGAGCUCACUGCGCUCGCGGGCGAAGACGCACUACUGAACGACGCGCAGCUGCAUCUGCUUGUGACUCACAAGUUUCUCGUGGUAGCGGACCCAGAAUCGGAAAGAAUUGUAGAAAUGAUUGAUUUCAAGUCUUGCACACUCAGCCCUUAUCAAGGACAAGUUAUUGAGCUACACGUAUUGCAGAAAAAGGCUACCAAAACAUCCGAAUCGCGCCUUCCCGUCGAUGAAGACAAUGAAUAUCAGAUAAGUGCGGCAGCGAUGGCCCGCGUGGCGCGGUACACGGGUGCAGAAGGCUACGUCACGAGCGAAGCGCGCGUGCUUUCUCUUCUUCCGCCGCCGGGACGCUCCAGCGCGCUGUACGCGGCGCUCGCGGCCGCUCUGCAACACAACAGCGACUCCCACUUCCCGCUCUUGUAAACUAACAAGCAAACUUCGUUUGGGAAAAUUUAUUUCUCUGUAUAUUGCAGAAUUAUAUAAAAAUUGAAACAUUUUGUAUUAUUUUUUAGAUAUAUUAGAGUGGGAAGAUCUGAUUGUCGAAGUGGCAACUCCUGGAGGCGCGUGGGGCGAUUUAAAGUGCCAAUGCCAAUAUAAUAUAAUAAACUAGUGCCCACCACUUCGUCCCUAUUCCCUUUUUAUACCCCCUUUAGGGGUUGAAUUUUUAUAAUAAUCAUCUGCAUGACAAAUUUUAGCUCGAUCCGUCCUAUGGUUUGAGAUGUGCAUUGAUAGAGCAGCCAGUCAGAGUUAGUUAGUCAGCUCUUCCUUUAUAGAAUAAACAAUGUUUAUGGUUUUAAUUCACAAGAUAUAAAAUGUUAAUUAUUUUGAUUUGAUUUAAAAUGAAAUUGAAAAUAAAAACACUGUUAUUAUUUUCAUAGUUUUAAGUUUCACUUCUGUCGGAUUUCCCCACUGACUGCCCCUUUUUUUUAAAUCUAUUUAUCUAUAUACAUCGAUUUUAUCGCACAUCUGUGCCAUCCUAGGUCAAAAUCCUUAUUGUACAUAAAAUAUUUUUUUAUUAAUAAUUAUUAUUAUUAGUAUUGUAAUGAAUAAUGUAUAAGAUAUGGAAUUGAAUUAAUUGUUGAAUGAUAUAUUUUUAUCUGUGUUAAUUAUUAUAUUCUAAUAUUUGACUCUGCUGAUGUGUUGCCAAAUUUAAUAUGUUUAGAAAUCGGAUUAAUUAUUAUGACUAUGAAUAUAACUCUUUUUAACAAUUUUAUAUUAUACAUUUUUUUAUGAAUUUUAAUAUGUGAUUUAAAACACGUAGAAACAAAAACUAUUGAAUUGGUGAUAACCUAUUUUACUUCCACAAGAAAGAGACGCAUUAUUAUUACAAUCACUAGAUAUAAGGUACAGUUAUAAGUAGUUUUUGAUGUUUACAUUCAAUUUUAAAAUACAGUCAACAAUUACAAUUUUAAAAUACAGACUGUAAUCAAGCAUUCCGCUAUCAUAGAGGUAUUUAACGCAGUAAUGGUAGUCAAUGAUUUUUUUAUUAUUUAUUUAUCCUUUUUUAUCUGCGUUGUGUGAAAGUCUAACUUUUCUUGCAUACUUACAUAAAUCUAUCAUUCAUCAAACAGCCUUAAGCAUCAUCCAAACCUGUGUGCCUCGUAUGAUUAUAUCGAUCGCGAACGUACAGAUACAUUCCACGUUCAUGACGCGUAGGUGUGGCUGCAGAUUUAUUUCACGUGAGAGUAAAUGGAUGUUAAAAUUGUCAAAUUGCUCAUUAGAUUGCGAUAAAUGAUGUACGUACUGUCGGAUUUGUUUUAACGGUCCGAGUGACGUCAUCACUAUUUGCAUAUGGCAGACAACAAUACUAUGGUGCAUAGAACAAUAUAGAAGUCAUUGCUUAGUAAAAACACUUUUAUUUAAACUCGGUAAAAUAAUGUGGUUUGUCUAGAGUUCUAUAUUGAUUUUGACAUUAUUUCAAACUAGAGGAUGCCCGCGGCUUCGCCCGC